GCGGAGCCUGGUGGGCUGCCGUCUAUGGGGUCGCACAGAGUCGGACACGACUGAAGGGAUUUAACAGCAACAGCAACAAUGACGUCCUAGGAGUGGUUUCCUCCUGGGAGGGUCCCCUUUGAAAGUCUCGAGGGGCCAGCUAUGUUUCCCAGCCACAGCAUUUCCAAAACUCUGGGCCCAGAAGCCUGCUGUCAAUUCCACAGAUUCCACCCUAGACAUCAGUUACCCCAGCCUCUCUCACACUGGGAAAGGUCAAUGCUGUUCCAGCCUCCUUCCUAUUCCCAUCUGGUUGUUUAUGGUGAACUGGAUGAGAGGGGGGGCGUGUUUUGUAAAUGAAUGUGCUCUCCAAGAAAAUGUUGAUGUCUCAUGUUCAUUUUCUCUUUUCUUAGUGCUGCAUGUCUCUAAAAAAUAGGAUCCUGAGAGAGGAAAGAAUUUUUGUUAAACAACUAAAAGUUUAAGUUAAACUCUGGCUUCUCUGGACUCAGCUUCUGAGAAUGAUUGGCAAUUCUAAAAUCAUGGCCCUGAUGCCUCUUACAUUCAGUGAUGUGUCCAUAGACUUCUCUCAGGAGGAGUGGGAAUGCCUAAAUUCAGAUCAGAAGAAUUUGUACAGAGAUGUGAUGUUGGAGACUUAUACUAACUUGGUAUCACUGGACUUUGAUUUCACAACUGAGAACAACAAAUUAUCUUCAGAAAAAAGCAGUUUUGAAGUAAAUUCAUACCAUUGGAAGAUAAUGAAAAGUAAAACCUUCAACCUUAUGGGGUUUAUUUUCAGAAAUGACUCACAGAGCAGAAAUCAAUUUGAAGGACAACAGGCAUCUCAAGUGGGACAUUUUAGUCAAAUGAUAUUCCAAAAACAUAUAUCUCUUCCUCUGCAUCAGAGAAUUCACACUAAAGAGAAGUCAUAUGAAUGUAAGGAAUGUAGGAAGGGCUUUAGGAAAUAUUCACAUCUUACUGAAAAUCUGAGAGACCAUAGUGGUGUGAGACCCUAUGACUGUAGAGAACGUGGAAAGGCCUUCCCAGUUCUCCAGCAUUUUAUUAGACAUAAAAAAAGUCACACCGAUUUGAAGUCUUAUGAAUGUAAUGGAUGUGAGAAAGCCUUUAGAUUGUAUUCACAGCUUAUUCAACAUCAGAUAAUUCAUACUGGUGUGAAACCCUACAAAUGUAAGCAAUGUGGAAAGGCCUUUAGACGUCAUUCUCACCUUACUAAACAUCAGAACAUUCAUGUUGGUUUGAAACCCUACAAAUGUAAGGAAUGUGGGGAAACUUUUAGGUUCUACCAACCCAUGUGUCUCCAUCAGAAAAUUCAUCAUGGUAUGAAACCUUAUAUCUGUAAGGAAUGUGGAAAGGCCUUUGCUCAUCAUUCAAGUCUCUAUCAACACAAGAAAAUUCAUUCUGGUGAGAAACCAUAUAAAUGUAAACAGUGUGGAAAGGCCUUUGUUCGCAGCUGUCUACUUACUGAACAUCAGAGAAGUCAUACUGGUGAAAAGCCUCAUGAAUGUAAGGAAUGUGGAAAGGCCUUUAGUAGGGCCUCAAGCCUUCUUAGACAUAAAAGGAUUCGUAGUGGUGAGAAACACUAUGAUUGUAAGGAAUGUGGGAAGGCCUUCUGUAGAGGUUAUGAACUUACACAACAUCAGAGAAUUCAUACUGGUGAGAAGCCCCAUGAAUGUAAAGAAUGUGGGAAGACUUUUAAGCUCCAUUCUUACCUUAUUAAACAUCAGAUCAUUCACAGUGACUUGAAACCAUAUGAAUGUAAACAUUGUGGGAAAGCCUUCAAUCGUGUUGGGAACCUUAAAAUACACAAGUCAAUUCAUACUGGGGAGAAACCUUAUGAAUGUAAGGAAUGUGGAAAAACCUUUAGAGUUAAUUCUCAACUAAAUUAUCAUCAGACAGUCCAUACUGGCUUGAAACCAUAUAUAUGUAAAGAAUGUAAAAAGGCCUUCCGUUCUGUAUCAGGUCUUUCUCAACAUAAGAGAAUUCAUACUGGUGAAAAACCUUAUGAAUGUAAGGAAUGUGGUAAGGCCUUUAAUCGUAGCGAGCGACUUAUUCAGCAUCAGAGAAUUCAUACUGGCAUGAAGCCACAUAAAUGUACGGGAUAGGAAGCCUUUACUCGUUGCUCUCAACUUACUCAACAUCAAAGAUUUCACAUUGGCGAGAAACUCUUAAUGUAAUGAAAGUCAGCCUUUAGCCUUGGCACAUCCUUUAAUGUUAUCACUUUUCUACCACCUAACUAUGUCAUGCUAAAGAUUAUUAUUUAACAUAAAUAUAAAUGGUUGGAAGGGUGUCUGGCUCAGAGUAUUUGCUUACUAUUAAUAAUUAUUCUUUAAUGAUAAUUACUAGUAUUGUUAUAAAUUCACAUGGAAGGAAGACCCUAUGAGCAUUUUAAAAAUCUUUCUAUCAUCACUCAUCCAUAUUUCACGUCAGAGCAUUAAUUUUGCACAAAAUCCCAUAGAAUGUAUUAAACAGGAAAUUUUUUUAUUCAGAGCUCAUCCCCCUGAAGAUGAAUAAUGGGAAGAAACCCUAUGCCUUUGCUGAAUGUUGAGUGUAUAGCUGUUGAGAAAUUACAAAAUGGCUUGAAGAAAUUUUCUUACAGUAAUUUCUGGGAUACAGGUGACAGACAAUUCACAUUCUCUACAAUUCAUGGAAAUUAGAGAUUUCAGUUGGGUAGCCAAAAGAGAGGUGUUGACCUGGCAAAGUUUUCCUCAAGUAUUUGAAAAAUUUCACAUUUACAUGAAUGGUACAAUGGUAUAAUGAAGGUUUGUUUGCCUUCCACCUAGAUUCAGUGUAUUGCCACUCUCUCUCCAUCUAAGAAUGUAUAUAUAUUCACAGCUAUCAUAUUUAUAACAUAUUGAACUUAUAUACAUAUAUAUGUUAUAUACUAUAGUAUAUCAUAGUGCUGUGCUUUUUGAGUAAAUGUUUCAGGUAUCACCUCACCUCUAAAAAAAAAAUCAACAUCUCAAAAAUACAACUCCUAGAUUUAAAGAUUAUCUUCUACAUGACUAUUAGGCCAUUGUCACCUAAAAGACAUUAAUACUAGACCUAUAAUGUUCUAUAAUCAGUCCAUUUACGGAUUUCUCCAAUUAUUUAAGAAAUGUCUUUAAAAAGUGUUUGCUUUUUCUAAAAGCUCAAAACAAACUAAGGUCAUAUAUUUUAUGAUUAUGGCAGUUGAGUCUGUUUUGGUCAAGAACUUAUCGUCCACCUAUUUUGUGAGUCAAACUCUUUGAAGACUCAAGAGAAGUACCCCAUAUAAUGUUGCCCAUUCUAGAUUUGUGCUAAUUUUUCUUCAGAUAGGCUUGUUUCUCUAACCUUCACAUUUACUGUGAACAUUAUGUCUAGAGGCUUGAUUAGGUAUCAGAUUAAACAUUUUUGGCAAGAUAA